CAGUCCGGCGUCGCGCAGAGCUCGCAUCGAGCACACAGAUAGAGUGGCGUGCGCUGUGAUCACAUAUAACCAUCGGGUGACAGCAGCUCGUUGCCCACGAAUCUUCUCAUUACCGGUUAAACAUUUGGAAGAGUAACUCUAAAAUGGGUAGAGUCCAUGGACGUUAAUAAGUUAUUGUCAAGGAUUGGUGAUAUGAUGAAUUUAAAUCAGCGUACAACCGUCUCUUGGUUUAUGGACUGUAUGAAGAACCUAUCACGCCUGUGAUUUUAUUUUAAACGUGACUCAGUGACUCAUAGAUAUAAAGCUGAACAAGAUUUUCUUGGAUUUUUACCGGAUCUAUCGGAUUUAUCAUUCUUAAAAUGGAGCGGAUUAUUUUACUCUUCACACUGAUGUUUUCUGCAGCUCUUGGUUUGUCUUUCAGGAACCAACCAGACACAGUGACAGCAUAUGCAGGGGAUACGAUAUACAUGCGAUGUGAUUUGAAUUUGGGAGAGGUAGCUGGUUCGAGCGUGCAUGUGACUUGGAUUAAAUCUGAUAAUAAAAACCCCACGACAUACAUCAGCAUCCGAGGACACUUUGUGCAUUCGUUUAUCGGGCGAUUCAGCAUCGCAGGAGACACGACCCGGGGUGAGCACGACCUGAUGAUUCAAGAUGUCCAGUACGAGGACGCUGGUUUAUACUACUGCCAAGUAUCUGGGCCAGGUGGGACGGUCAUCACGUCCGUUAUGGGGAGGUUGACGGUUCGAGUCCCCAUCCCAAUCCCUACAUGUUCGAUGACCCCGUCUAGUCCACGUGUUGGCCAGAGGGUGACAUUCAUAUGCAGGCAGCAGAUGCAUCCGAGUGUGGACUAUGAAGUGCUUAACUGGUGGAACGAGACAUCAAGGAGUAGGAUCCAGCAACAAGGAAGAUACUCAGAUGGAUCCAUAUUCUUCACCAGGUUGCUCUCCGACAGUGACCAAGGUCAGCAGUUUGUCUGCAGCCAGUCUCAGGUCUUCGUCGAAGGCGAACGGAACUGCACAGUCGUUCCUCUUCCAGCAGCGGAGGUAUCGACCAUAGCUAAUCCUUUAGAGACUAUUGUCAUCAAUCCCACUGUCAAGUAUGUUGCCGAAGGUAGCAGUGCAACCUUCGGUUGCCAAUCAAGAGCUGCACCUGUGUCGAGAUGGGUUUUUGGCUACGGAAGCAAGGCAUCAAAAGUACGCCAGUCCAGGGGCAGGUUUCUCGUCUCUGCAGACCGUUCAGAAUUCACCGUCAUUCGGACGACCUCUAAUGACAACAAUACAGCAGUUAGAUGCAUUGUGCUACUGCCUUCAGAGGAAAAACUCGUAGCUGAAUCUAUUUUGAAAGUUUUACCAUCUGACACUCAACCAUCGGCCGGUAAUUCUAGGUUACCCCCUCCACCACCUAUUAUAACCACCCAGGCAACUACGACUGAACGGCCUUCCACCCGAUCCACCAGAAUGACAUCAAAUGGACCUACGCGACACCGUGAUACACCUACAGUAAAUGAUCCUAUUAUAGGUCAGGGUACAAGCAAUAAUGCUAACACAGGAAAAGGGUCACAACCGGACUUUUCUGACGGAAAAUCAGUUAGCAAUGUUCAAACUACCCCUAUAAAGGCGGAGGUGACGACGAAGGUAACGACGAAGCCAGCGGAGACGUCAACAAGACGGGAUGUUGUACAGAUAGGAGCUAAUACUGAUAUUGAUCCAGGUGUCUUAGCGACGGAUGCAAACGUUAAUCAGAAUCAUGCAGGGGCGCCCAAGAUCCAAACAGGUGGAGGAUACAGAGUAAUAGACAGUGGUAAUACUCAUCAGGUCUCCAACCAAGAACGACCCGAUCAAGGAAGUAGCAGUUCGGGUAUUGUUGGUGCAGUCAUGGGCUCACUGCUCAUAAUCGCACUGAUAGUCCUUAUUAUAUUCUUGAUCAAAACGAAGCGAUACCCUAAGAGUGUCCCAACGUGGAUUCCUCCUCACGUGGUAGCCGCUCUCAAGAGGCCCAUAGACAUGGUCAAGAAGUCCAGUUCUGAUGCUGGUCAGGGUGGAGGAUCGGAGAAGUCUUCCAAAGGAAAUGCACCCAUGCGGAUGAAACAGAUAGAAGUAGUUGUGAAUCCCCCUCCUCCAGAGUGGCAGUUCCGUCUGAAGGAUGUUGAAAGUAAUAGCGGCCAGGUUGGAACUUACGCUGUAACUCCAAGGGAAUCCCAUAUGCUGGAUGGACCAGUUUAUGCAAACAUCACUCCAGAUCUCUCUAAGACACAAACACAUGCUGUCCAGGACGACCAUGAACUCGACGACGAUGACGACGAUUCGUUGUUCUCGUCCGACUUCGACGACGAUUUAGAUCUCGAAGGCGAGAUUGCGGCAGAACUUGUCGCGAGGUCGUGUGAAUCGGAGGGAAACUCAGAAGACUCGAUCAAAGAUAAAAAGAGUAAGAAUGUCGAAGGACUUGUGUAUGCUCAGUUGGACAUGGGACCAGAUGCCCAAAAGAGGUCGACAGUAUUUAUUGAAGGAGAAAAGACUCAAUAUGCUCAUAUAAAAGUGGGGAAUCCAGCAAAACCAAAAUAUCAGCGACAUUAGAUUUUUUUUUCUUUGAAUGCAAUAAAUGAACAAAUUGCGCUUUUGUAAAGUGUAACAUUUGGUAAUGGACUGGUGGAACGCGUGAGUGAUCGGUCGUUGAAACACUGUACGUCUUCAUAAUUUCUAGAGCAAAUUGGAAUAAGGCGAUUACUGGCGACAAACUUUCAUGCAAUGAAAAUGGAUUAACAUCAUAAGCAAUAAUUAUUACAUUAAUUCGUAAUGUUUUCAAAUUUGAUGGUAAUAAAAAAUCAUGCAGCGCCAGAAGUUCUUACAAUUAUACAGAAUAUGGCACUUAAAAGUAUAAUCAAACUAAUACACUUUUUAUACUGCUUAUUUACAAAAUAAGGACAUAUUGCAUUUUUUUUUUUGGGGGGGUGAUAUUUUGUAACGGUCCCCAUUAACGAUAUCACUAACAUAAUUGAUUAAAGUUACCUAUAUUAUUUAGGGUCAUUAUUUUAAUUUGUACUAAGGUUAUGGGGAAUUUGAUUAUGUACUUUGAAUGUGGUUUCUUUGUCGAAAAAGUUUUGAUGCAAUCAUUAUACCACAAAAAGAACAAUUAUUUGUAACAGUUUUUUUCUGAGAGAGAACAUGAAGAACUCCAAAUCAUUCAUUUAUGAAAUAGGCACAUGAAAUAACAAAAACUAAUAGCUUAGCAAACAUUGAUUAUGGUUAUCAGCCAUAGUAAGAAUGGUAUACCGAGCUAUAUAAUGAUGGUGCUUUUUGUAUUGCUUUUUCAAACUUUCUUGUCUUUUCCUGUACAUUUACCGAAAAUCCUUUAAAAAUACCUGUAUUUACUACUCAAUUCAAUGUUCUUAGUAUUUUCGGCUUCGUAUAAUGUGGUAUGGUUCGUUAGUGUGUGAAAAUCAGAGGCAGUGUCGGGUUUUUUUUUCAAUAGGGGAAGAGCAAGAUGGCAUAAUGUUGAAAUCCUUUUUUAUCUGCAAUUGAAUAACGUGGGUAUAUACAUAUUUACUCGAUUCAGACCUAUGUUUUUCAUCCUCCUCUUCUUAUGCAUUACUGUCUUCUCUUCCCCUUUUUUCUUCUCUCUUCCCGGUUUUUAUUUUAUUUUACUGCUUGAAAAACCAAAAUGGGUCCUUCUGUAGCGUGAACACUGUUUAAAGUCCUAAGCUUAUCACUACAAGUGUAUCAUGUGUAUGUAUGAACAGGGGUGCUAAAAAGUUAGUGAGCCCCACAUAUUCAAAAUUUAAUGUUCUGCCAUGUUUUAGAUUUUUAAUUGCGAAGUCAUGUGAUAAAGUAGUACAUUCAAUAAAGUUUACUUAUCUGGGCUCGCCGAACAUUGUAGUAAUUGUCGUCUAUACAUUCAACACUCAGCAUAAAAAGAGUGCAUUUUGUGGUGGGGUUCUCUAAAUUUUGCGCACAACUGUAUGCACAUCAUUUGUAAUUUGUGAGCAAUACCAGGAAAUUAAAUUUGAUCUCCUUCAUAUUAUUGGUUUUAUAAUUAAAAGAAGUCAUCAAAAUCACAACAUUCUCAAAUAUUACUUGUAAGCCAAUCGACCAUAACGACAUAUGUAAUCCAUAACUCCUGCAAAUAUCAAUUAGGCUGUAUUGUUAUGAUAGGCACAGUUGAUACGGAAUUAUAAAGGAAAUAACGUUUUUUAUCUUGCUUAUUAUCCUUCUUAUAUGAAAUAUUUCCAGUGCGUUUGGACAAAUUCAUUUCACGUAACCUAGGCCUAUGUAAGAUCUUGUCUUUGACUUAAUUAUUUGUCCCCUAUAUUGGCCUUUGGUCAAUCAUCAAUUUAUUAAGGGGUCAUCUAUGCAUGAAUCAUCUGGGUUUCAGCUGAAUGUUAAUCACCUCGUUCAUUCGUUUGACCCGAGACCUUGUGAGAGGUCAGUAAUACGCAGUUUCCAGAGCAAUAGUAUCUUCGAGUAUUUAAAUACCAAUUUCAUUUCGUGUAUCUUCCGAUUAAGUGCUUGUCAGUAUGAAUUGAAUUACAUCUCGUUGAUAUUAACCUUAUUAAUGUUAUCCUUAUUAAAUCAUUACCGCAAUCACUUCUCAAGAUGGCUUAAGGAGUUCAAAGAUAUAUCUGUAAACGCGUCAUCUGCAAAAGGGUUAUGACUCUGAGUUCAAAUUUCAUACCCGGGCGGAAUAUGAUAGUUUUAUGGCAAUUAUUUGAAAGUAUAACCUUGUGAUUGCUUUGAAAUUUUUCUUCCGCUUCCCUUUAGCAAGUUUUGCAAUCAUGACAUAGACAGGAAACGCAAAAAUGCUUCUUUAGGAAAAGACCGAACUCCCUUUUUACCAUAUUUCUCGUUAAACACGUAGAAAAGAGGCCACUCACGUAAAUAUGGGAUACCAUACUUCGCCAACAUCAGUAAUGCAAAUAUUGACAUGUGGAAUUGUCUCAUUAUGCUUUAUGAUGAUACUCAUAACUCUUUUGAAAACAUGCAAAAAACAAAUGUAUGUUUCCUAUAUUUGCGUUACAACGUCACACAAAUCGUUUUUAUCUCUGUGUUGAUGAAGUACAGCUUAACUAAAACAAUGAUGUUUAUGGAGACUUGUUGUAACCAUUUAGGUCAUUUACGCGUCUUUCUAAUGAUAAUUCAAUAAUUAUGAAUAUAAUGAAAUAGGACAAGUGACGCGCGAAGUAGUAACGAAGCAACUAAUUAUGCAAUAAUGUAUAGAACUAACCAGUUGAGUUGAAAAGCAUGUACAUAUUCUUUGAGGCUUUAAUAGUCUAUACUCGCAAUAUCAAGAAAUCUGGUUAAGUUUGUCAUUAUGUUCAUGAUGUUUCACUUUUGUCAUUUAUAUGGUACGUUGCUUGAAUUUCAGUUUCAUCUGAAUCGUUUGAAUAAAUAUAUAUAUAUAUAUCGUACGACCAAAACUGGGAUUUUUGUUUCUUAUGUAAUGUUCCUGUCCAUGUUUAAAGACAUGUUUUUAAUGUAGACAAAACAAUUACAUUGAUCUUGAAAUAAUUGCACACGUGAGUUAUAUUCAAAACUGUUUCAUAAUGCUUUCAAGCAAAAUGAAAUAUAAAUUCUGUUUCUGAAUCCAAAUACUUUGUUGACACGUUUGGUAAAUACUCAACCGUCCUUACUCGUGAGUAUUUUGUGUUGGAUACAUUUUCUGUAUUUUUUAAAUGUAUAUUCCUCAAGAAAGUUGAGAACCAACCAAUAUAUUUCUCGAAAAUAUAGAACACUUCUUCAAGAAUUUUAUAUUUUCUCAUCAAAUAUCGUCUAAUCAUAUUCUUAUUGCAAAACAAUUAGUCCCCUAUACCUCAUGUUUUUAAGAAUGAAGUUUUGAAAGGAAUCUAUGUAUAGAGAAAAGAAAAUGGAGAUUAGCCAAAGAGGAGUCCUUAUUAAUUUACCCUCUGUGAGAUAUAUAGGAAGGGUGAGUAGACUGACUAUGAUUGUCCUUCCGUUGUUACCAUAGCAACCAUCAAUCACUUUUCUUAUAGAGGGACAAUUCUUUGAUAGCAAGAAGAACAACAAUCGAUAGUUCAACUAUUCGUAUCGUGAAAAUAGGAUACUUGCUUUCUUAAAUAUUCUUUAGCCAUGAUGGUUGAAUUGAAUAACUUUUUUUCAUUUAUGAAAUUAUCGAAUGCUCCAAGCCUAUAACUUAAAUAAACUACAAAGUAUUAAUAUUUUAGAUCUAAAAAAUAGUUUAUUUAUAGGAAUGUAUUGCUGAAUUGCAGAAAAAAGUCAAUUAGUAACAUGCAGCGUGAUCAGAUCAGUAAUGGCAGUAUGCCACUCUUGAUAUCUUUUAGAAUUACAAUGCGCUUUGUCAUGUUGUGUGUUGACUUGAUGGGUUAACUCAUAUGAUGAUACUUUAGUGAUGAUAACUAUACCAUUUACUAAUUAAUGUGUAUUGGGAGUACGAUUGACAAAUCAAAGUGAUGCAUGCGACAUUUCAUUUUACUGAUAAAUGAAUGAUUGAUUGACUAAUUGGUUGAUUAAUUGUUUGAUUGAUGGAUGGAUUGAUUGUUUGAUUGAUUGAUUGAUUGAUUAAUUUUUGAUUGAUGGAUUGAUUGAUUAAUUGAUUAAUAAAUUCAAUUGAUUGAUUAAUUGAUUGAUUGAUUGACGAUUUGGUCGAUCGUUUGAUUGAUUGAUCCAUUUCUUACACAGCUGUUAAAAGUAACUGUCCAUUCAACGUAUUUCAACUUAUCCAUAGAAAUGAUAGACAUAAUUAUAAGUCGUGCCUUGAUUUAUAUAUGAAGUCAAACGAAAUGAAAAAGAUUAUAGUCCAAUGUGAAAUGAAAACUAGAAAAGAAAUAAUUGCCUUGUUUUAAUGAGCAGUUAGUCAGUCACAGAUUGAAAAUCUAUCAAUCAACGUACAUGUAUUUACACGCAAUUUAUCAUUGUGUAUACACCGCUCACUCUUUCUCUCUCCCUGUUUUCCGUUCUUUAGUCAGAUAUUUCAAUACAUGAACAAAACAAUAUAAUAAUUUCCCGAACGAUUGUUAUUUUUCCAGCCUGCCAAGAAGGAAAAGGAAAACAUGUUAUUUCCUGAACAUCAGUCAUGUCACCCUUUGGCAUGCACAGGAAUAUUCUCGUUUAGAAAUAAGCUUGAAGGCUUAUGAAAUAAAACAACUUUCCUUUGGAACCCUAGGAAUUAUAAAAGAGAGCAUUUAAUGAAAUUAUUGGCUCAUUGUCAAGUGUGAAAUGUUUAGAUUUGUUUAUAAUUCCUCUUUGAUCACUUUUAACAAUAAUAUACUGGGUUAAUAAAAUAAAAACCCAAAUGGAUAUGCGCUGAAAGCAAUGCUUUACAAGAACGUUCUUCUAAUUGUAUAACCAAUAUUACUUUUUCAAAUUAAAAAUGAAUCAGAAAUUCAGCAAGGGGGAAAA